GGCCUGUUCACCCAGCUAUCAUCCAGAAGUUGAGAACCAUGUGGAGGAUCCCAGCACUAUGGCUUCCGAUGCUACUACUGGGAGUUGAGGUGUGCCACUGUGAAGAUGUGGGGGACAUGCUGGAAUCAGAGGAGGUGCCUAUCAUGCCUGUGUCAACCACAGUGACCCGCAGCCAGAUCCUCUCAGCUCAGUUUGAGUGCUACCUAAAGAUUAUCCAUGACUCACCACGCAAUGAAGAUGGCACAUUCUGUAACCACACGUGGGAUGGCUGGCUGUGUUGGAGUGACUCUGCCCCUGGCACGGCCACGCAGCUCUGCCCUGAGUACUUCCAGGACUUUGACCCCUCAGAGAAAGCGACCAAAGUGUGCAACUUGGAUGGACAGUGGUUUCGUCACCCUGAGAGCAACCGUAUUUGGUCCAACUACACCCAGUGUCAGAUGUACACCAAGGACAAACUGAUGUUUGCGUUCAGCUUGUACUACUUGGCCAUUGUGGGACAUGGAUUGUCUGUGGUAUCCCUCAUCAUCUCACUCUGCAUCUUUUCCUACUUCAAGAGUCUGAGCUGCCAGAGGAUCUCCCUCCAUAAGAACAUGUUCCUGUCCUUUAUCUUCAACUCUAUCUGCACCGUUAUCUGGCUCUCUGCUGUAGCCAACAACCAGCAGCUGGGGGCCAGCAACCCUAUUGGAUGCAAGAUCCUGACAGUCCUGAACCAGUAUAUGUUUGGCUCCAACUACUUCUGGAUGCUGUGUGAGGGGAUCUACCUGCACACUCUCAUCAUCGUGGCUGUGUUUGUGGGAGAGCAGCAGCUGGGCUGGUAUUAUGUCCUGGGUUGGGGCUUCCCCAUCAUUCCUGCCAUCACACAUGCUGUGGCCCGCGGGCUCUUCUAUGAUGACAGAUGCUGGAUCAGUUCAGACACACACCUGCUCUACAUCAUCCAUGGCCCUGUUCAUGCUGCCCUGCUGGUGAACCUGUUCUUCCUACUCAACAUAGUGCGUGUGCUGAUCACCAAGCUGCAGGUGACCCACAGUGCAGAGUCCAAUGCCUAUAUGAAGGCUGUGCGAGCCACUCUAAUCCUGAUACCUCUGCUGGGAGCCCAGUUCAUCCUGGUUCCCUGGAGGCCAGAGGGACGAAAGGCCAGGGCCAUCUACGAGUUCAUCAUGAACAUCUUUGCACAUUUCCAGGGACUCCUGGUCGCAAUUAUAUUCUGCUUUUGUAAUGCAGAGGUGCAGGCAUGUCUUAGGAGGAAAUGGGCCCAGACCAAGCUGGUGUGGAAAUGGACAGAUUCCUACUCCCACUACAACACCAACUCCUCUGUGACUGAGAUGAGUCGUGCUACAGUCAGCCUGGAGCUCACCGCUUCUGAGGAGGACACCAUCAUUAAGCCAGGUGGUAGUGUGCACUACCGAGCCAAUGGACAGAGCAACGGCAAGCGCUGCACCACUAGGGAGAUGGACACGCCCAGGAUCCUGGAGACCACUGACAUCUGAGAGCAUUGCAUUGUCCCUUCCCAUAGGCAUCAUCACGUUAUGCUGGUCACAAACAGGCUCACUUAACUCACAGCAUGGCCACAGACAAUUGGUCAGAGCAGAAAAAGGGGGUCAUGACCUCUUGCGUCACCGUAAAUGUUGGAUCACACACACGUGGUAAGAAUAUCCGCACAAAUGUGUACAAGAUACACAUGCAAGCACAAACACACAACAUAACAACACAGACAAAGACACAUAUACACACAUCUGAUAAUGAAUGAGCAGUUUAUAGGGUCCAGUUGAAACCUUGCUGACAAGUAUUCACCCCAGAUGUAUAUACAUUUCACUGUAGCUUCUCACUGUUGCUCAUGUUGGCCUUAGACACAAGACAUUAUGGAACAAAUCCAGUGAUACAAGGAUCCAAUGAAGAGGGCUAUCUCUGGCAAUAUUUGAUCUUGGCCUUCAAUGCGGAUUAGUGUCUGAUGUAAUCGUUUUCUGUAGGCCUAUUGUACCAUUUGUACAGUAUAUAAGCACUCUUAUAUUUCAUUAGUUUAUUUCACUCUGACACUCCUUAUAUUGUUGAAAUUUGGAUCCGUAUUUUUGAUGUCACUUUAAUGAUGUGGAACUUAUUAUUGAAUUGUGUGUUGCAUAAGCUUGCCUUUUUAGAACCAUGAAAUGACUUGGCAUAGUUCUGACUGCUGAAUGUUGAGUUCUCAGAGGCAAGUAAGAUGACUGUGACAGUGAAUAAGGCAUACAACACAAUGAGGAAAAGGGUGUCUGUGUGCUUUGAAACUCUAAUGGGAGAACCUAUGAUUCAGUGAUGUGGGGAUGCCCUAUGUCUGACAACACCCAAGACUCACUUUUUUAUCCAGUGUUAUUUUCUUACGGUUUUACAAAUACAAAUCUUGUUUAUUGAGUUGCUAUACACAAUAUAUGAAAAAUCAAAGAGGAUACAUGUACUGUGCCUUGCAAAAGUAUUCAUCCCCCUUGGCGUUUUUCCUAUUUUGUUGCAUUACAACCUGUAAUUUAAAUG